UGUUCCGCGUGCGACGCGGGGCCCUGUGGGCGACGCAGACAAACUCCGACCCUCAUGUGAUCCCAAAGGAAAACUGCAGCAGGUCGAAUAAAGAAGUAAGAGGAAGCAGAUGAAGAAGAAGAAGGAACACAGAAAGCCCCCACACGCGCUUCCCAUGGCCGGGGAACAAACCCUUUAUAACGCCUGCCGCACCACAGGCCAUGAGAAUAGCAGUCGCACUUUCUUCUUUUGCCUUUUAGCUCACUUCCUUCUCCUCGCCAUCGAUUUCGCAAAAGAUUCGUCUUUUUUGCCUAGAAGGAGAUUCCCUUGUUAUUAAUGGAUUUGAUGAGAAUAGGGGGUGGAGUGGGACUGAGGAUUGUUCCGAGACUGGCGGUGUUUGGGUUCUUGAUUUCUGCGUCGGUUUCCUUUGCGUCUUGGUUGGGUGCUCGUUCCUUCUUUCGGGUUUGGGGGUUUCUGAAGGGGGAAGAUGGGAAGAAUGAGAAGAAGAUGGCGACGAUGGUGGCGAGGCAGGGAAGGGAACUUCAGAGGUACUCCAGCUGCGGUCGGAGGCUUGUAGUCGGGUGCAUUCCAUAUAGGUUAAAGAUGGAUGAUUCUUGCACUGAGGACAUCGAUACAUUGGUGCAAGUUCUUGUCAUAAGCUCACAAAAGGGCCAUGGGAUGAUGUUUCCAAAGGGAGGAUGGGAAUCCGACGAAACCAUAAAACAAGCAGUUUUGAGGGAGGCAUUGGAGGAAGCUGGUGUAAAUGGACAUGUUGAGAGUAAACUUGGUAAAUGGAUGUAUAUAAGCAACAGAUACAAUGUGCUUUAUGAGGGCCAUAUGUUUCCAUUGAAUGUUACAGAGGAAUUGUCCAAUUGGCCUGAGAUGGAGGUUCGGAAGAGGAGAUGGGUGAGCGUGGCCGAAGCGAGAGAGGGAUGCCAACAUGCUUGGAUGAGAGAAGCAUUAGAAGUAUUGCUCACAAGACUCGGGCCUCAAAAUUUAAAUGCUUAGAAGAGGAAAAGCUUUCAUUUCUUUAACAGCAAGAACAGCAGAAAGAAGAACAGUAGCAGUUUCAUAUAGACAAAAAGCACAAAGUGCUCUGUACAUCCAAUUCUUUGCCUGCAAGUGAGGAUUAAUGUAAUUUUUCUUAAGUUCAUUCUUUGUAAGAAAUUGAUUCAUUAUGUCUUCAAAAAGAGAAUUGUCAUUUUUUUUAAGGAAA